AUGGCUGAUCAAUCAAAAGCAGAGAUCCUUCUUGUCGGCUGCGGCGGCGUUGGCACAAUGUGUGCCUACAAUCUUGAAGUCGGCUCGCAGGCCAAUGUUACAGCCGUGCUCAGGUCCAACUAUGAUGCCGUUGAUAAAACCGGCUUUUCAAUAACUUCAAUCGAGCAUGGUGAGGUGGCUGGCUGGAAGCCUAGUAAAAGUGAGAACUUUCCCUGUGACAUUCUACAUGUCACCACGAAGAAUGUCCCAGACCAGCCGCCGACAAUCGCAGAAGUGAUUGCUCCCGCUGUUACACACGGACAUACGGCCAUCGUGCUGCUGCAGAACGGGAUCAACAUUGAGCGGCCAUUGUUCAGCGCGUUUCCCGACAACAUUGUCCUAUCCGGAGUUUCGAUGAUCAGUGCGACUGAAACUGAGCCCGGGAAAAUACGGCAAGACGAUCCUGAUAUCUUGACGAUCAGUCCAUUCCAUAAUCCCCGCAUUUCUGCAGACAAGGAAUUGGCAGCCGCACAACGUUUUGUCGAUUUGUACAACGCUUCCGGAAAAGUAUCGUGCAUAUUGGAGCCCGACGUUGCUGACGUACGCUGGCGGAAGCUCAUUUAUAACGCAGCUUACAACUCGGUUUGCGCGAUACUAGAUCUGGAUACUACCUCAAUCCGUUACGCAAAGCAGCCGUUAAACGACCUAGUCAGGCCUGCCAUGUGGGAGGUCUGGAAUAUUGCGAAGGCUGCUGGACAUCCUCUUCCACCCGACAUAGUGGAUGAGAAGCUUGACAUCGACACAUGGUCCUUUUUCAAGCCGAGCAUGGCACAAGAUAUGAGCAAGGCAAGAAACAUGUGA